UAUAUCGCUGCUUGGAAUAGUGACAUUUGUUGGGUCUAGUCGAACCCACCAUCCCUUCCUCUCCUGUUCCUCUUUCAACGAAAUUUCUAACUCUUCUCGUAAAAAAACAUUCCUGAUUCGGUGUUGCUUCUCUCUCUGUCUCUUCUUUAUUCUUUUUCGUCCGUUCUCUCUCUUUUUCUCUCUGCUUUUUUUCUCUCGCGAACACGCUCGUACUGAAGCCGUGUGACGAAAUUCUGACCCGGGGGCGAAUGGUGGAAAAAAUCAUUUAGAACGUGACUUUGAGAAGGCAGUAACAUGUGACCCGUUGUGCCGAAUAUCUUAAGUGUCUUUUGGCCCCCCACCCCCUUCCCUCGUGGGAUUCUAUGGCUAAUAUCGAAUAAUUGUUAAGAAGUGACGCAAAGUGCUUUGAUUAAGUUCACUAAAAACGUGGAUCAGCUCUCAGCGGACUGCGUGUUGCAAAUUGAAAUACCGACACUAAACCCACGAGGUGAGUGUAAAGAGGAGAGAAAUGUUCUAAUUAAAGAGUGUCUAGAACUCGCCUGCUGAAAAUACCCAGCUGUGAUGAAAGCCCUCUAUCAGUAGUGUAUAAAAUAAAAAAAAAUAAAAAGCCAAAUAUCUGCCCUACCGCUUUUCGCUUCUCCGGUGUCACCUCUGUUAUUGGCAGCGCAUCCGGGAUACUUUCCCCCUUCUUCUGUCCGUCCGAAUGAUGAAUUCUAGUGACUUCGAAUAUCUGUCCUGCGAAGCCAAUCGAGAGGGACACCUCGGCGAUGUCCUGCAAGUGUUCGUCCACGACUUCACCCUCAGACAAGGCGCUGGGGAGGCCAAGAUGCGCGAGGUGGAGAGGAAGGUCGGUGGGGUGACGAGUGAGCUCUUCAUACUUCGAAAGCUCCUGCAGGAUUUUCAGACGCGGGUGAACGACGACCACGACAUCAUCAUGAGGCUGCAGCACGAGAUUGAGGCCCUCCAGAGCAGGGUCAGAUCCAUAGAUUCCAAGCAGGCUGCUGCCGACACCCAGUGCGGCCACUUGAACGUGAGGAUAGAGCAGCUGAGGGAUCAGAUCAGUCAGAACUGCGACGACACGCAACAGAAUGUCAGUCGACUUCUGAGCAGCUUCGCGAGGGUUCACCUCACCCGAGGAAGCGCCAGAAACGAUAACCUGAACAAUAAUAACAGGGAUUACAGACAGGACAACUCGCCGACGAAUGACGUAAGCGGCAGCAGCGCAAGAUGGGGUCCCUCCCGCGGUGCAAAUUUGUCUUGCCGCAGUGAAACUAUGACAAAUGCCAUCAAUUCCAUACCCCACCAGAACUCCGUAGCCCCACCAGAAACCACCACAUUCCCACACGCAGCGACAACAUAUGUAUCGAACGAAGAAUGUUGCUUGAAUGACGGCCAUGACACCAUUACAGGUGGGCCGAUGCAACCCCGUCCUCUUUGUGAUGGUCUGACCUCAGGAGAGGAAGGAUGUAUGCAUGAAAUUUCUGAAGCCGUUUCUGAGACAAGUGCUCUGGCAGACAGUGGAUGCUGCCAGACACUUCAAGAAGUCAGUAACAGCAGUUCCGUAAAUAACGAUUGCUCUCUGGGCAACGAAGCCAUUUCAGACGAAACUGAAAGCCACGAUGAAUCUCCUUCAGUGAAUUUUGCGCCAGACGAGAAUUUGAGGGAAGAUGCUAAUCAUGGUGUCAUUUCUGAAGCUCCUGAAAGUGUGAAUAGCAUUUAUAAGGAUAUGAACUCACAUGAAACUUGGCCUGUGGAAGAUGAGGUCAAUGAAAUUAAUAGAGAAGAGACACCAUCUCACAAUGCCACUCAAGAAGAACUCCAGUCAACAUUUACUCUUUUCUCAGAUGAUAAGGCUAACGAACAUCACGAAUCUCCCUGCAGUGUGAUAUCCCAAGAGAGGGACGACCUUCCAGACUUCAAAAUGCUUCUGACAACAUCUCAAUCCCACAACGAACCCUCUAGCACUAAAGCAUCAGAAGAAACUCCCACACCUUCCAGCAUGGGCUUAUCUCCAACGACUGGAGAAUGCUCUGGUGAUGUGAUAUCCCAAGAAAAAACCGAAUCUUCAGCUGAGAAAACUUCAGUAACCAGUGAAACUACGAGUACAGAGGCACCAGGUGUGCCAGAUGAAUCUGGCGCGUCACAGAUGCCAACGAGAAAGAACAAACCCAAACGGCACAGAGGCAGAAAAAGGAAAGACUCACAAAGCACAGAGAACCAGGCUGUUCCAGGCAAAACAGAAGGCUGCCCUACAGCCAGAACAGAAGAGGCCUGUAGUCAUGAUACUGUACAGGAAGUUCAGAGUCAAGAGUUUAGUUCUGACCAAUGCUCACAAAAUGAUAACAACAUGACCUACGACUUGAGUCAGGAAGUUAUGGUGCAACAGCUCAUAGACAGUGACACUUUGGAUCAGUGUGAGACUAAGCAACCAUCUUCACAAGACAGUGAGCAGGAGCAGACAGUAGCAGAGGUAGUGGAUCCCCAGCUUAGUCAGUUGCAACCCGCAUGCGACGAAUUCAAACCAAGGCAGAGCUUCGCUCCAGACAGCGAAGGUGGUGAAUUAGCCUCUGCACAGUGCAUACGACAAGAAGUGUUGCCUGACAAGCACGGCUCCGUAGCCACGACGAAAUUCACUCAAACGGAAAACAAACCGACCAAGGGACAAAGGUCCUUCAACCUGAAGGUAGAGAGUGCCUCCCCACAGACCAGGCGCAGGGGGGUGUUCCACUCGGAGAUCGACGACGACGAAAUACCCGAUCUGAGCGACAUCGAUUCCCUGACGGAGGAGGAGGAGAAGAAAGCGGGCAAGGGGAAGGCCACGCCGUGGGAGGAAAGGAAGGCCAUAGAGAUUAAGACUCCCUCCGGGGAAAUCACGAACCUGCAGACGAAAAGGAAGCCCAAGGCGACCGAGCGAAGAAUGGAGGCGAAAGAAGAAGAACAGAAGGACGACGUGGUGGGCAUGUGCGCCAACUGCAGCAACCUGGCGAAGCUCAGGUGCGGGAACUGUCGCCAGGCCUUCUACUGCAAGAAGGAGUGUCAGAAGGAACACUGGAAGACGGGACACAAGGACCAGUGUCGACCUUACCAGGUGCUACAGAGUCCCGAAUUGGGCAGGUACAUGGUAGCGUCCCGCGACCUGAAGGCUGGAGACGUGAUAUUGAAAGAGGACCCGAUUGUUGUUGGACCAAAACAGAUCACCGAACCCGUGUGUCUGGGUUGCUACAAGAGGGUAGACGGAUCCUACAGGUGCCAAAAAUGCCACUGGCCCCUGUGCAGUCCACAGUGUGAAAGGUCACCGGACCACUUGCCCGAGUGCGUAGUAGGAGCAGAAAUUGGGUCGCCAAUCGAAAUUUCCAAUUUCGAUGAACCGAACCAUUUUUAUGAGGUCGUUUUCCCUCUCAGAUGCCUGGCCCUCAAGAAGAAGUCGCCCAGGAAGUAUGAGCAAGUCUUAGCACUGGACAACCACUACGAAGACAGGAAGGGAACCCACGUCUACGCAGAGAAUCAGAAGAGCAUCGUCAACAUGCUCCGCAACUACUUCUUCCUCCAACAGUUCCCAGUCGAGGAUAUAGACAGCUCCGAAAAGUCGAUACACAACAUGACGGGUAUCAUAGACGUGAACGCCCUCGAAAUCAGACUGCCUGAGUCGGAAAUCCUGGGCCUGUUCCCCAAUUUCGCCAUGAUGGAGCAUUCUUGCACGCCCAACACAAAGCACACCUUCACAGACAGCCGCCAAGUCGUUCUGAAGGCUGCUGUCGACAUCAAAGCUGGAGAACACCUCAGCACGAUGUACACCCACAUUCUCUGGGGCACGCUCGCUCGGAGAGACCACCUGAAGCACAGCAAAUACUUCAUGUGCACUUGUUUCAGAUGCUCUGACCCAACUGAACUGGGCACAAACUUCUCAACACUCCGCUGCAAGAGUUGUACCAAUGGCUUCAUGCUCUCCGCAGCACCUCUCGACGAGCUAGCAGACUGGAUCUGUACUUCGUGUAACGCAACCAUCAAGAGUGCAGAAGUCACUGACAUUAACCUGAAGUUAGGUGAAGAAGUCGAGAGAACUUUGGGAGCACCUACCGUGCCACUCCUCGAGGAACUUCUACAGAAGCACGGUAAGACCACGGUCCAUCCAAAUCAUUUCCACUUGUUUGCAACUCGGCACACCCUCCUGCAGAUGUACGGCAGAGACCCUGCAUAUGCCAACGAAGACUACAUGAAGAAGAAAGAGAGGAUGUGCCAAGACUUCCUGAAGGUUUGCACUGCUCUGGAUCCAGGCAUGUCGAGAUUAGCACCAUACGCGGGAGUUGCUCUGUACGAGUACCACUUGGCUGUGCUCUCUCGCACCCGACACGACCAAGACGCUCGCCAGACUGACCCCGCGGCUCUGAAGAAGGACGUUGAAACAGCUAAAGCUCUCCUGCAACAGUGCAUAAAAGUGCUACAAGAAGAACCCAAGGAUCAGCCGGAGGGUCAACUAUGUCAGGUGGCUCAACAGAAUCUCAUAGAACUGAGACAGUGGGAGGCCAAUCUUUCUCGUCUUGAUCUCCACUUGCAUCCUUCGAUGAGAGUCGGCAGUCUACUAAAUGACACCUAGAUCAAGAUAAUGCGGAGGAUAUAUUAUAACCUAGCUCUAGACCUUCUAUUGGAGAUGGGUGUCUUCCUUAUUGUGGCAACUGGUUUGCGCAUGGGUACCUUCCAAAUUGCAUACUUGUCCCCCCUCAAAAAGUUCCAACACUUAGCUCUCUUCUUCCCCUGGAUGGUCCCGGUUUCAGAGAUUCGUGCUCUACUGGCAAAGUGAAACCUUGUUUAUGUCUCGAUGUUCGUCGUCUGCCGCUGGAUUAACGGCUCUUUCUCAAGAUGUUACAGAGUCCUGUUGAUUGAAGGUUUUGUUGACAAAAAAUGGGAAGAUACAUAAUAUGUGAGAGGAGAAGCAUCCCCUAGUCUGUGAAUAUAUUUGGGAAAAGAUUUGUAAAUAUACGUAGGUCAUAGAGAUAUGCAGACACACUUCAGUGAUAUAGUGUUCUCUUUUUUUACAGUCAUUUUACAUUUCUAAUUGCUCAGAAGAUUUAUUGUUUUGUCUGUAUAAUAUGAAGAUAAGAAGAUAUGUUUGUUGCAUCAGCUCACAAUUUAUGUUUCAAUUUUUUUUUAGUUCAUGUGAAUCAAUGAAUGAAAGUGAAUAUCUUUGCAUAUCUCCAGCCAUGCCAAUAUCCACAGUUUUUAAUUUCUUUUUUUAUUUAUUGUCUUUCUUGGUCAGUGAUUGCUGUGUGUUAUACCUUGUUGAUUUUUCUCUUUUGUUAAGAGUAGUAAAUGUACCAUGUAAUGA